CGGCGCCCGCAGGACCCCGGCGGCUACCCAUGCCGAGGUGAGUCCGCGGGAGCCGCCGCCGCCGCCGUCCCGUCCCGCCGCCGCCCCGCGCGGCCCCGCCGCCGGCCAGGAUGCUGGAAGAAGCGGGCGAGGUGCUGGAGAACAUGCUGAAGGCGUCGUGCCUGCCGCUCGGCUUCAUCGUCUUCCUGCCCGCGGUGCUGCUGCUCGUGGCGCCGCCGCUGCCCGCCGCCGACGCGGCGCACGAGUUCACCGUGUACCGCAUGCAGCAGUACGACCUGCAGGGCCAGCCCUACGGCACCCGGAACGCAGUGCUCAACACAGAGGCCCGUACCAUCGACGCCGACGUGCUGAGCCGGCGCUGCGUGCUCAUGCGGCUAUUGGACUUCUCCUACGAGCAGUACCAGAAGGCUUUGCGGCAGUCGGCCGGCGCCGUGGUCAUCAUCCUGCCGCGGGCCAUGGCUGCCGUGCCCCAGGACGUCAUCCGGCAAUUCAUGGAGACCGAGCCCGAGAUGCUGGCCAUGGAGACCGUCGUCCCUGUGUACUUCGCCGUGGAGGACGAGGCCCUGCUCUCCAUCUAUGAGCAGACACAGGCUGCGUCCGCCGCCCAGGGCUCUGCCUCUGCCGCUGAAGUGCUGCUCCACACCGCCACUGCCAACGGCUUCCAGAUGGUCACCAGCGGGGUCCAGAGCAAGGCCGUGAGCGACUGGCUCAUCACCAGUGUGGAGGGGCGGCUGACGGGGCUGGGUGGAGAAGACCUCCCGACCAUUGUCAUCGUGGCCCACUACGAUGCCUUCGGAGUAGCCCCCUGGUUGUCGCACGGUGCGGACUCGAACGGGAGCGGCAUCUCCGUGCUGCUGGAGCUCGCCCGCCUCUUCUCCAGGCUCUACACCUACAAGCGCACCCACGCUGCGUACAACCUUCUCUUCUUUGCCUCUGGAGGGGGCAAGUUCAACUACCAGGGCACCAAGCGCUGGCUGGAAGACAACUUGGACCACACAGAUUCCAGCCUGCUCCAGGACAACGUGGCCUUCGUCCUGUGCCUGGACACCGUGGGCCGGGGGGACAGCCUGCACCUGCAUGUGUCCAAGCCACCCCGCGAGGGGACACUGCAGCACGCCUUCCUGCGGGAGCUGGAGGCGGUGGCCGCCCACCAGUUCCCGGAGGUGCGGUUCUCCAUGGUGCACAAGAAGAUCAACCUGGCGGAGGACAUCCUGGCCUGGGAGCACGAGCGCUUCGCCAUCCGCCGGCUGCCUGCUUUCACCCUGUCCCACCUGGAGAGCCAUCGCGACGGCCAGCGCAGCAGCAUCAUGGAUGUGAGGUCCCGGGUUGACUCUAAAACUCUGACUCGCAACACCAGGCUCAUUGCAGAGGCCCUGACCCGGGUCAUCUACAACCUGACCGAGAAGGGAACCCCCCCGGACAUGCCGGUCUUCACGGAGCAGAUGCAGAUCCAGCAGGAGCAGCUGGACUCAGUGAUGGACUGGCUCACCAACCAGCCGCGGGCCGCCCAGCUGGUGGACAAGGACGGCACGCUGCUCAGCACGCUGGAGCACUACCUGAGCCGCUACCUGAAGGAGGUGAAGCAGCACCACAUCAAGGCCGACAAACGGGACCCCGAGUUUGUCUUCUAUGACCAGCUGAAGCAGGUGAUGAACGCCUACAGGGUCAAGCCCGCCAUCUUCGACCUGCUUCUGGCCGUGUGCAUAGGCGCCUACCUCGGGAUGGCCUAUACGGCAGUCCAGCACUUCGACCUCCUGUACAAAACAGUUCAGAGACUGCUCGUGAAGGCCAAGACGCAGUGACGGGGCCCUCGCCCGCGCCGCGAGCCCCUGCCUGCCGCCACUCCCCACUCCUCCGCGCAGGAGGGCAAGGCUCCGCCCCCGGCUCAGGCCGAAACCCUGAAUUAGAGCUUUUCUGUGUUGCUCUUGAGGACUUGGGGGAUUCUUUCUCUGUUUUGUCCUUUGAACUCCCUCGGAGGAGCGUUUGGUGGAGGUCCCCAGGGGCCAGGCCACAGACUUGGGGAUGCGUCUGCAGAGGAGCCCCCAGCCCCAGAGGCGGCCCCGCAGCCCUCAGGGCUCGCCCACUGUGGACGACAGAGGAGACGUGCCCAGCACCGCCUCAGCGUCCCUCCUCUGGCCCACGACCGACCGACCGACAGACGGACCGAUGGACCGCAGCCCGAGGGGCAAGGGGCCUCCUUCGCCCACCACACCGGCCAGACCACUCUCUGCUGACUCAGAUGCUCCCCCUCUGGUCUGAAGAAGGGCAGCACUGGCCUCUAGGUCCCCAGGUCCUGACCCCUCCCUGUGUCCCCCACCCUGGCCCGGGCUGCGGGGAGCCGCCUCAGGGUGCAGCCUUGGAAUGCGUCUCCCUCGAGCCCCCGUGGACACUGGUGCCCUGAAGACCCGGCGGCCUCCCGGCCCGGCUCCCUGUGCCAUUGACCUUCAUGUGUGUUUCUUACCGUCUGCCCCCACCCACGUGCCCUGGGGAGCUUGGGCCUGCCCCCCAGGAACCUGGGUGCCUUUGGAGCCCCAGGGGCAGGAGGCAGCCGUGGAGCAGAGAGGAGGCCCCUACCCGCCCCCACCCCUUCCCUGACCUCAGGCUCUCUGGGCCUCGGUUUCCUCAUCUGUAGAAAGGAGGUGUGUGCUGGGGCAGCUGGUGACCCCGUGUCCUAGGAGGGCGUCCAGGCUGGGGGUCCAGGGAGAGCAUUUGCUGGAGAGGAUGUGGCCGCGGCCCCCAUGGGGCUGCCCUCCCAAGGACCUGGGAUAUGGGGAGGACGGUCCAGGCCCGAACCCCACAGAUGAGGCUUUUGUAGGGGAGGGGGUGCGGAGGAGGCGUCUAGCGCUGCUGAGAUUGAUCUCAGGGAGACCCAGGCGUACAGAUUCAUUAGCAAUAUAAUCAUUUAGGCGUUCUGAGCUAAGGGCAGGGUCGUCAUGAGGGAGAGGGCUCUGGGCGCCCGCCUCAGCUUCCAGGGAGGCCUUAAUAAGGUGUGGGGGACCCCAGCUCCCUCCGUGUGCCCCCAGCCAGCCCCCCUCAGAAGCCAGCUCGCCACUUGCUGCGGGGACGGGGAUGGGCUCCUGGGGGCCGCGUCUCUAACUCCGCCUCGGGCCUCCUGCCUUCCGAGCCGACCCCCCCCCCCGCAGGGCUGUGGUCCCAGCCUCCCAGGGUGGGGCAGGCAUGGGGGCCACAGGCUCUCCUGUCCCCCUCACCACCCCCUCCCCGCAGCCAGUCUUCCCCCAGAGACUGUUUACCGAAGCCGGGCUGAAGCCCAGCCAGCCCGGCCGCCUGCGGGGGGCAGGACGCGGGCACCGGCGUUGGCUCAGGCGCCCAGUGGGUGUCCUCGGUGUUGGCUCAGGCGCCCAGUGGGUGUCCUCCUCCCGGGGGCGGGAUGUCAGGACUGCCAACUGUUCAGGGCUCAGGCUGGUUGUGGGACGCACUUGGACGAUCAGAAAAUAAAGCCAUAUCGAAUGAUGA